AUGUUCCAGUUUGCUUCUUUACUCGGGAUAGCUGCCAGGAAUAACCUCACUGCUGUGAUACCCUAUAACCCCGAGAUGGAGCGAAUAUUUAAAAUCAGCACCCCCAGUACAAAAAACCUCCAAAAUACCCUGGGGAUGUAUCUGACUGUGACGCAGUUUUAUGGGCGCUGUUGUUACUACGACAUUCUCACUGAGACACUGGACCCCAGGUAUAACUAUCUACUUUACGGUUACUUUCAGUCGUGGAAGUAUUUUAAAAAUGUCAAUGACAUUGUGAGACAAGAGUUCCAGUUUAGGGAGGAGAUCUUAAAUGAAGCUAAAAAGUUUCAUCGUGAUGUCAGUAACAAGUUUCAGUGUCAUGAGAAUAAUUCAUGUACUUUUGUUGGAAUUCAUAUUAGAAGAGGUGAUAUCUCUGAUUAUGACGUAUAUAAAAAAGCUGGAUAUACCACCCCCAGUGAACAAUACUUCAAAACAGCUAUGAAUUUCUUUAAAAGAAAACAUAAAAACAAAGUGGUCUUUAUUGUAUGCAGUGACAGUAGUAAAGGAUGGCAGAAAAAAUUGACAUCAAGUGACGUUGUUUUCUCUCAUGCCAAGGACCAAGGAGUGGAUCUCGCUAUUUUAUCUCUGUGUCAACAUAUGAUCAUAAGUACGGGGACAUAUGGUUGGUGGGCUGCAUUUCUGACAGGGGGCACCACCAUCUACUACCGUGAUUGGCCAAAAGCUGGGUCCUGGCUUUACGACCAAGUUUUUAAGGAGGACUACUUUGUGCGUGGUUGGAUACCUAUGAAGUGA